GGCAGAAAAAGAAUAAAAACAUUCAGAAUCUGAAGACUAGGACGAGCACAGGAUGGGGACUCCUGGUUCUGGAAGGAAAAGAACGCCUGUGAAAGACCGGUUUUCUGCAGAAGAUGAAGCUCUGAGUAACAUUGCCAGAGAGGCAGAGGCAAGACUUGCAGCAAAACGGGCUGCUCGGGCCGAAGCGAGAGAUAUUCGCAUGAGAGAACUGGAACGACAGCAGAAAGAGCACUCUCAUCACUCCUUUGAUCGGAAAUGGGGGCAGAUUCAUAAGUGGCUGGAAGACUCGGAAAGGGCCAGGUUUUCCCACCGGUCCAGUCAUCAUCGUCCUUCUCUGAAAGUUGAGGAUGCGUUGUCCCUUCGGAGUCUUGGCAGUCACAGGUAUGGUCACCUCAAGGACAGAUCAUCAAGACUUUCAUCAUUAAAUCAUUCUUACAGUCCCUCUUAUGGAACGAAGAAGAGGUCAUCUGGUUCUCAUAAGGACCCACUGAGUGGCCUCUACUUUGACCAGAGAAACUAUAGCAGUCUUAGACAUAGCAAACCCACCUCUACCUACUACACUCGGUCUUCUUCCCUGUGCAGUGACCCUCUGGCGACCUCUAAGAGUUAUAGGGCCUCCCUUCUUACAGAUUCUGGUCUGCUGAGAAGUGCCAGUCUGGCAUCAUUGUACGAUGGUGGAUUAUAUAACUCUUACGGUUCUCGAACUCCCUCUGAAUACAGUUAUUACUCAUCAAGAGCAAGUUCGGGCCGAAGCAGUCCUGCGGUCCCCCAUGUGGGUGCAGGGGCCCAAGCACUCGGGCCAUCUUCCACUGCUUUCCCAGGCCAUAGCAGAGAGCUGGAUCGGAAGUGGAGCAGCCGGGACUCAAACGGACACCCAAAUGGGAUGCUGGCACUGCAGCUUACCGAUGAUGACGCCGUGAGCAUCGUCUCUUCUGAUCGUGCCAGUCAUGGGCGAAGGGAAAGUGUGGUGUCUACGGCCGAUUAUUUCAGUCGCUCCAAUCGCAGGGGAAGUCUUGUCUCCGAGGCGGACGACGUCAGUAUCCCAGAUUUGGCCAGCUUGGAUGAAAAAUCUGACAAACAGUAUGCUGAAAACUACACAAGGCCUUCCUCUCGAAAUUCUGCCUCAGCAACAACCCCUCUGAGUGGAAACUCGUCCCGACGAGGAAGCGGGGACACCAGCAGCUUAAUAGACCCAGACACCUCAUUAAGUGAAUUACGCGAUCUCUAUGACCUUAAGGACCAGAUACAGGAUGUAGAGGGGAGAUACAUGCAAGGGCUUAAAGAACUGAAGGAGUCUCUGUCUGAAGUGGAAGAAAAAUACAAGAAAGCCAUGGUUUCCAAUGCACAGUUAGACAACGAGAAGAACAAUUUGAUCUACCAAGUAGACACCCUGAAGGAUGUUAUUGAAGAACAGGAGGAGCAGAUGGCAGAAUUUUACAGAGAAAAUGAAGAAAAAUCAAAGGAAUUAGAACGCCAGAAACACAUGUGCAGCAUACUGCAGCAUAAGAUGGAUGAACUUAAAGAAGGCCUCCGGCAAAGAGAUGAACUGAUCGAGGAGAAGCAGCGCAUGCAGCAAAAACUAGACACCAUGACAAAAGAGGUGUUUGAGCUCCAGGAGACACUUCUUUGGAAAGAUAAAAUAAUUGGGGCCCUAGAGAAACAGAAGGAACACGCUGCCUGCCUCAGGGAUGAGCGCGAUGCGCUCCGAGAGGAGCUGGCUGACCUGCGGGAGACAGUGCAGACCGGAGAGAAACAUGGCUUAGUUAUAAUUCCCGAUGGCACUCCCAAUGGUGAUGUCAAUCACGAACCAGUGGUUGGAGCCAUCACCGUUGUGUCUCAGGAAGCUGCUCAGGUCUUGGAGUCAGCAGGCGAAGGGCCACUAGAUGUAAGGCUACGAAAACUUGCUGGGGAAAAGGAGGAGCUACUGUCACAGGUUAGGAAGCUGAAGCUGCAGUUAGAGGAGGAACGGCAGAAGUGCUCCAGGAGCGACGGCUCGGCCGGAGAGCUGGCGGGACUGCAGAACGGCUCUGACCUGCAGCUGAUCGAGAUGCAGAGAGAUGCCAAUAGACAAAUUAGUGAAUACAAAUUUAAGCUUUCAAAAGCAGAACAGGAUAUAACCACCUUGGAGCAAAGUGUCAGCCGGCUCGAGGGCCAGGUGCUGAGGUACAAAGCUGCGGCUGAGAACGCUGAGAAAGUGGAGGAUGAACUCAAAGCAGAGAAGCGGAAACUGCAGCGAGAGCUGCGCACGGCGCUGGACAAGAUCGAGGAGAUGGAGAUGACCAACAGCCACCUGGCCAAGCGCCUGGAGAAGAUGAAGGCCAACAGGACAGCACUGCUGGCCCAGCAGUGAGGGGGCCGCCCCGAGGGGCUGAUGCUUUGUACGUGGACACAGACCCCUUCCAGUACUGUUCUGAGUUUUGUCAUUAAAACAGCCACCUUUGUAUUUUAUAAUUUAUGAGAAUGAAGCAGGCUUGGAUCUUCAUGAAUGAAGACUUUGGAUUUUGUUUCUAGUUUGACUUUAGACUCGGACCUGGUCCGUGCGGUUUUAUUUUGUAUUUGCAUAAUCCUAGAGUCGCGUUUCCGCAGCAUUUCCCCGCUGCCUCGUGGUGGGCACUCGGGGCCUCGGCACGGGCUCUGGAGCACGGAGCAGGAGACCUCGGGAAACACAAGUGCCUUCCCCCCAGAGCAGCCCACGGCGAUCCGUGCUCACGAGACGGCGCCCUGAAUGUCGGCGUUUCCACUGCGGAGAAGCAACGCGGCCACGGUGGGGAAUCGUUAACUCAAAUUUGUAUGUUUGGAGGAAAAAGCCUUUUUUGUAAAAUAUUUAAAUUUAUAUAAGAAAAUGACAGAAAAUGACCCGGGGGGUGUAGAGAACACUUGCUCUGUUGCACGGGGCAGGAGACGCCGAGGCCUGACCCGCGUCAGCCGUGGUCCAGACCUUGUCGUUCAUCUGCUGCUUCCUGUGGAAGGAGCCCCCAGAGAAGCCCGGGGGUAGGGAGGGGCAGGGCAGGUAGCUGGGAAAUGUGCUGGAAGAGUCUAUUAAAUACACACUUUGCCCACCAGGACUGGCUACUGACACCUUCACUUUGUUACAGGAGCCUUCGACACAGAUCAUGGUAGCCCAUCUGUCUCCCUCAAGGGCAAACACUGGAAUGCAGAACUCCUGUUAAGACCUGAGCGCAUCAGCACAGGUUCCAGUGCAGCAGGCGUGUGUCACCGAGGGUGCAAUCUGGGCUCCUCUGGCGUUCUCAGAAUCAGAGAGGCCUUACGGAAGGACUACUGCGUCUUCAGAGACAUUACCUAGGGGAAAGCCAGCCAAUGAAUGAGGGCCACCUAGAUGUGAAGCUAGAUACUCAAGUUAGCAAAAGUGAAUAAAGUCUCUAGUAACUGC